UCUCGGUUUCCCCCCCAGCCGUCAUCUACCAUAUUGAUCUGCGAAAGGAAAAGCUCCUCGAUCCAGAGCUGAAACCAGAGCCCCUCAACAGAUGGAGAAGAAAUCUGAAAACGGUGCAGACGGCAGAUAUGCUAGAGGCCAUCUCGUGUCGUGCCAGUGCGCCUUCCGGGUCCUUCUUCGCCAGGGACAACACAGCUAACUUCCUGACCUGGUGUCGUCAGGUGGGGGUGGGAGAGACCUGUCUGUUUGAGUCUGAGGGGCUGGUUCUUCACAAACAGCCACGGGAAGUGUGUCUCUGUCUCCUACAACUGGGAAGGAUAGCAUCUCGGUACAACGUGGAGCCUCCAGGGCUUAUCAAGCUGGAGAAGGAGAUAGAACAGGAGGAGAAAGUAUCUCUACCUCCACCCUCACCUGUCUCUCCCUCCCCAUCCCUCUCCACAUCCCCCUCUCCAACCCCCACAUCCCCCUCUCCAACCCCCACAUCCCCCUUUCCAACCCCCACAUCCCCCUCUCCAACCCCCACAUCCCCCUCUCCAACCCCCACAUCCACCUCUCCAACCAAGUGCUUGUCGUCUAGCAAGAAGAGCACAGGGAAGCUGCUGGAUGAGGCUGUGAAGCUUAUCUCUGAGGACCCUCCCUGCAAGUGUCCCAAUAAGUUCUGUGUGGAGAGACAAGCCCAGGGCCGCUACCGUGUUGGCGAGAAGAUGCUCUUCAUCCGGAUGCUACACAACAAGCAUGUGAUGGUGCGUGUGGGAGGAGGCUGGGAGACCUUUGAGAGCUACAUGCUGAAACACGACCCAUGUCGGAUACUCCAGAUCUCCAGAGUGGAGGGGAAGACCUCUCCCAUGUCCCCCAAGUCCCCCAACACCAAGGACCUCACCGCAGACAGCUACCUGGUGGUAGCCGCACAUUACCGCAGCAAGAAGUAAAGAUGGCCGCACACUACCGCAGCAAGAAGAAGUAAAGAUGGCCGCACACUACCGCAGCAAGAAGUAAAGAUGGCCGCACAUUACCGCAAAAAGAAGUAAAGAUGGCCUCACACUACCGCAGCAAGAAGUAAAGAUGGCCGCACAUUACCGCAAAAAUAAGUAAAGAUGGCCGCACAUUACCGCAGCAAGAAGUAAAGAUGGCCACACACUACCGCAGCAAGAAGUAAAGAUGGCCGCACAUUACCGCAAAAAGAAAUAAAGAUGGCCGCACACUACCGCAGCAAGAACUCAACUGGCACUUCAACCAAGGGGAUCAGUUUGAGCAAGGUGAGGAUGGUGGUGGCCUACUACCACAACAAGAAGUAAAGAUGGCCGCCUACUACCACAACAAGAAGUAAAGAUGGCCACCUACUACCACAAUAAGAAGUAAAGAUGGCCGCCUACUACCACAACAAGAAGUAAAGAUGGCCGCCUACUACCACAACAAGAAGUAAAGAUUGCUGCUUACUACCACAACAAGAAGUAAAGAUGGCCACCUACUACCACAACAACAAGUAAAGAUGGCCGCCUACUACCACAACGUAAAGACAUUCAUGAGGACCUGAGGAAAUGACCUCUUGCCUUUCCCAACUAGCUAAACUGAUUGAAAUGACAGUGACACAGAGAGCAAAGCCAGCUGACGCAGUGUAAUUCCAACCAGUUGCUUGUACAGUAUCUCUUCUAGUUGAUGUAAGCCACAGCCAGCCCACCUGAGCUGCAGAACAGACAGUGGCCAGCAGGUAUAUAUCCCCUGUCCUAGCGGUCACGGCAGACUAGCGUCAUGGUGACUGUUUGAUUUGCAUUUCCAGCCUAUGAGAAUAAUCUAUGCAAUCAUUUUGACAAUAAUUUUUAGCCUGGGAUUGAAGCUGGUAUAUUUGGUACUAAAAGCACGUUUUCUAAUGUUACCUUGUGUGUAUUUUGUUUGACUUUAGCAUUCAAUCAUUUAAUAGUGUGAAAGUAUGACUUCUGUAAUAAUGGGUAUAUAUUCUGAAUAAUGACUGGAUACUGGUA